AUGGAUAUUGAUCUGCCAGGGAUCUCAGUCAACCGUCAAGCCCUGUUCAUCCUCUACACCUUUAUAGUAUACACAGCAGAGUCAUCCCGAACCUACAGCCUGGCCGAGACUCUCUGCGGUGGAGAGUUGGUGGACACGCUGCAAUUUGUUUGUGGGGAUCGGGGAUUCUAUUUUGAAAAGACCAUUGGCCGCACCAAUCGUAGGUAUAACCGAGGGAUUGUUGAAGAAUGCUGCUUCCGAAGUUGCGACCUCGAUUUAUUGGAGACAUACUGUGCGAAGCCGAUGAAAAAUGAGAGAGAUCUAUCCACUGCACCUGCCACAGCGAUGCCAUCUCUGAACAAGGACAUCUAUCACAAGCAUUCUCACAAGUACUCCAAAUAUGACAUCUGGCAAAGAAAAUCCACUCAGCGUCUACGAAGAGGGGUUCCUGCUAUUGUCCGUGCUCGCCAGUACCGGUGGCGGGUACAGCAGAUUGAAGAAUCUCAGCAGGUUCUAUCACAUCGGCCACUAACUACGUUACCUGUGAAGCAACCUCACCUCAUUCAUCAAGGCUCAGAGCCAUCCCACAAUUGAGCCAGAAAUCACUACUAAAGAACAUUCCACUGCCUUCAUUUUCUGUUUCUAGAAUUUGAUUGUUUUUCUUCUGAUGUGUCUGAAUGGGAGGAGAACAGGCUAAUCAACAGGAGUAAAGCCUAAAAACUCCAUGUGACACCUCACAGAAGAGACAAAAUGAGAGACGCCAAAGCAGGAACAACAUUGUUUUUGGUGGGAAAUAUUUCUGUGGAUUUUUUUUUGUCCUUUUCUAUUUUUAUUUUUUGUUUUACUGCAUUUCAACCUGGAACCCUAUGUGUGUGUAUGUGAACAUGUAUGCAAAGACGCAAAAGCAGUUGUCUAUACACGCGCACAAAUAUGCAAGGAAAAAAAAAAUGUCUGUUAUGGCCCAUCAAGGCCUAAGUGUGCCACUAAGGAAAGCAACAAAAAUAUUCUACCAAUGGAAGUGUUGUAAUAAUUCCAUCCCGAUAAUUACCUUAGGGUUGGAAAUGGCAAAAUAAGUGCAGAAGGGGAACUUUUUCCUCUGUUUCUUAUGCCUGGUUUGUACACUACUUAAUGUCUUCUUUAUUUGCCUGUAGCAUUUAAUGUGUCCAAAUUUUUUUGCACCUUUUUUAUGCCUGAAAUUUCAAAGGCAUGCAAGGUUUUGGGGUUUCUCUUUUACUUGAUUCCUCUGUGUCGCCAAGCUUUGCAACAUUUUUCAUAGCGGCAUGUUGCAGUCUUUGGUAUCCUAGGGGGCCGAGCGCAAGAUUCCAAAUGUAUUUGCACCUUUUAAUCAUUAUGGAAGAACGAAGGGGAAGUAGGCAGAAUGUUUUUUUUUUUUAGUUUGAGUUGGAGCGCUGUCUGCUUUGCACAUAUGCCACAGAUUACAAUGAUUUUAUAUAUGUAUAAUAUAUCUAUAUAUUCUAUUACUUUUUUUUUUGCAAAAAAAAGGUAAAAAAAAAAGUCAAGCACUAUUUUUAUGGGAUUUUUUUGUAUAGCAAUGAAAGAAGGGGGCAUGGUAUUUUAAAUAUGAUGUCCUUUUGGUGCUAAAGUUAUAAUGAGGGGAAAGAGCUGGACUGAAAUUUCGGAUUUAGCCUAGGGUUCAUAGAAUACUGAAAUCAUUCAGUGUUGGCUUCCAUAGAUGAAUGAAUCCUCACCAUAGAAUGAACAUAAUAGAUUAUCUAUUGAACUUGAAAAAAAAAUGCUUUUCGUUUUAAGAAAAGUAUCUUUUUCCCUCCUUGGAAUUGUGUAGAGGGUGUUAUGUAAAAUGAAGCCAUUCAUCUACUGUACACUCAUGAGAAUAUAGAAUGCUGUUUGUGUGGUCCCUCACAGACCUAGGGAAAAGGGAAUCACUAAAUAUCGCUAUAUUUGCAGUUAGUCACACCCAUGCAGAACUAAUUUGCUUAGUACAUACCAUAGUCUGUUGAUUCUACAUAGUUUAUGAAGCCACCACCUCCACCUAUUAAAAUAGCCAUAUGGACUUUUAAUUUAGGUUAUAUUAAAUGCAGCACUGAAUAUUUUUCUUUUUUUUUUCUUUUGUAUGACAGUAAAGAUCCUCCUCCUUCUAAAUGUUAUUCUAAAACUAAGCCAACCGAAUUCCCAUUUACAGUAUUCAGGAAAGAAUAUACAUAAUGCAGGUUGAAUAAAAAUCCGAGCAGACCCAGCAGUUACUUAAAAAUAUAGGAUGUGGUCAUCUUGCUGAAAUUAAAACAAAAAUGUAUAAAAAAAAUAUAUAUACUGAUUUUACUUAAAGGGUUUGUCCAAGAUUAGAAAUUUUUCUUAAACAAAAAGCAAAUACAGGGACACUUUAGUCCAUAAGCUGUAUCAGAUAUUUUAGCUUUAGGUAGUUCUACAUUAGCACUAAACUGGAACAGCCUGCUGGUGUUCAUUGUAUCCGGCAUAGCCGAUACUACCUUUCCCUGCUCGAUCCCAUUGACUAUUAUGGGACCCGUAUUUGGCCGAAUCUCAGCACUUUCAAAAACAGGCUGGGUCCUCGCCGGGGCCCAUUAUUGUCCAUGAGGCCUGGCGGUGCUCCGGCAGUUUCCGGCUGUGCCAGAGACAAUGAAGUCCGGCAGGCUGUACCUCUACCGGAACAGCCUGCCAGAACAGUUUAGUGCUAAUGUGAAACUAUCCUUAACUCCUUUGAAGUUGUUAGGGCUGUAGACACAGGCUAUAGACAAGAGUUGUGCUGUUUUGGGAUUAUGCAGCCAGUCCUUUUUUUGCGUAUAAAAGCACAGCACCUAUUUUACAAAUGAAUAAAAAAAAUAUAAUAAUGUUCUUUGUUGAACGAACAUCUCUCCAUAUUGGUUUCUUCACUUCAUUCACCUAUCUUCUAAGCACUUGCACACCAAUUAAAAAAAAUAUUGAGUAUCCUGUUCAACUGUACAGUUUAUAGCACUUGCACUAUACAUUAUAUACUCACCUGAGCAUUGAUCCUUAAAAAUUCUACCAAGACAUUAUUGGAAAUAGCUUUUUGAUGGGAUUGUGAACUUUGGUUCCAUAGCAGUUUUUCUGCACUUUAGCCUCGUUAUCUAUUUUUUUAAUUUUUUUUUUUACAAUUAGUCUAUAAUGAUGGUAAUUUCAGAAGACAGGGUGCCAUCGAAGUGUUCUUGAUGCCAAAAUGGAGUAGCUGUAGCCUUUACAACCGUAAUUAAAAAAGACCUAAUCUGUAUCUUCACCAGGAUAAAGGGACACAACUGAGAAAGUCCUUGACUAUACUAUAAGAACUCUGAGGUUGAGCUCCCAUAUGUUGCAAGGGUCCUUCGGUAGACUUUAUCCUUGAAUGGCUAUUUUCAUUAUAGGCAAGGGAUGGCGCAAUUUACAGCU